AUGUCUGUAUUACCACGAGGCUAUGAGUGCUUCCAGCCAUCCCCAAGAUACGGAUGUGUACAGGGUGAAUACAGCGUGUAUCACAAGAGACCGAGAUGUGGUCAGCCUCGACCACAACCAUUCCAACGAGAGGUAGCCCCAUAUUGCAGUGGACAGAGUCGAGUUCCACGAGAAAGACCAUGCUGUUAUGAUUUUCCUUGCAAAGCGGAUUGCUUUAAUCACGGCGCGUGUACGAGGCCCAGUGGCAGAUACGCCCGUACUGUUUGGUACCCGGGUGAAUGUUGUCCAGUGGUUCCCCCGUGCCAAGCUUUUACCUGCCCAAGCCCGCCAUAUCAUCCCUGCUGCACUCACACCUGUAAUAAGCUAGUUUAA